CUACAGUAAGCUACGAUCGAGAGCGUAGCAAGCACGAAACCGAUAACCAAGACGCCAUCUAGUUUUGGCCAUCAACAGAGAAUGAUAGGAAUAAAAUACAUCAACAGCAACAGCAUGUUAACGAUAGAUCCCAUGACCACGGUCUCCCCAACAAACGGCAGCGAUGAGGCUCUUCUACACACAGACAACAACGACGGCGACAGCCCGGAGAACACCGCGAAGAAGCCUUCGCUCCUUCGGAACCAGUUGUUGCGGCGGACGACCACUCGUUGCACGAAGCACGUAUCGUCGCCGGAGGCUGCAGAACGAAUGGCUUUAAACUCCGUAGCGAUAGAGGCAGAUACACCUUUUGACGAAACCCAAAAAGACGCUGAGUCGAACUGCGAGGCUGUUGAAAGCAUCGAGAAAUCGAACAGCGAACCAAUCGAUAUGGAGUCUGCAACGCACACAAAAGUUGAAGACAACGAGGAGUCCCACAGAACUCCCGAAAACCCUGGUGGCGUCGAGGAAAACGACGAGGCUAUUCCUGGCACUGCAACGAUUCUGGAAAGUGGUUUUGCGUUCCCUAGUCGAGUAGAAAAUGAUGAAGUCGAGGAUAACGAUACCAAGCACGAGGAAGAAGGCGUUGGGGAGGGAGAGGCUGCCAGCGAUCCAGGAAAUGCUCUUGAUAUCUCCGACAUUGUAAGCGAGGAAGGUGACGAAAUGGGCGACGAUAGAGAUAACGUUGAGGAAAAGGAACACAAAGCAGAAGCGGAACCACAACAACCACAGCAGUGUGACGAUAACGAAGAGGAGUGCAAGGCAGAAGCAGAACAAGACGAGCCACAGCCAAGGCCAAAGCCGUCGAAACAAAGUCUACCUCCUGCAGCUAGCACGGGAUCGACCGUUUCUACUACCAACCUUUCCAUUGUCGUGACGGGACACGACAUAGUGGUCGAAUACCAUGACGACAAGGAUGGAGAGCACAAAGAAGCAUCGCCCGGCGACUCUGUCCUGCAGCAGUCUGCCCAAGGUGCUCAGGCUGCAGCAACGCCAACUCCAGGUUCCAAUUCGAUCAUCUCGACCCUGUUGUCUCCGUUUACCGUCGCGCAACCACCUGUUGCCCCGGCGAAAGGUGCAAGCACCGCCUCCUCUGCUCGGUUGCAGGAGCCGCAGCGUCGACCCAAGGGCAUCAUGAAACGUCCCAGGGAUAGCAAUAUCACCUACCACCAUCCUAGGCGCCCACUGCCUCCGCCACUGCCCCCUCCCGGAUUCAAGGGCAAGAUCUCCUCCCUAUCUUGGUCGACCGAUGAUACAAACAGCAACGAUGCUCUGCAUUCUUCAACAAAAUCCACGAAACGGAAACGGCGAGUCUCCUUUGACGAGGUUUCGCUGUCGAAGCAGUCACAGAUGUCGCUUCUCCGGCGCCAAGCUAGGUACAGAGAAAAGCACAGCAUCUCCGGCAUCCUGACCAUGACGCUGCCCGUUCUCCUUCCCUAUCUCAUCGCGGUGUUGAUUCUUGUGGCAUCGUCCAUGGUUCCCCUGCCAACCCCGGCGGCAAAGACGAACGCCACUCCGCACGAACUCAAACCACGCUCGCUCCCGGGCCUCGAUCCGGGGAGCGACCACGCGGUCGGCGGCAAAACCACCCCCAUCUUUGACAUUGCGUCGCGCAUGUGGGACCAGAGAAAGAAGUCUCUGCAGGACGCGGUGGCGCCUGCCGGGAUCCGCAAGCCGGAACCCCGAACGACCGGCGUGCCCGAAUCCGAGGUGGUGGCCGCGGACGCCGUUGCGGAGUCGAUCGAUUGGGAGUUCGACGACGAUGCCUUUGCCGAGUUCGACGAGAGUGGUGGCCAGGUUGCGGCAGCGACGACCCAAGCCUAUUCGGUGCUAUCGAAGAAUCCCUUCGCCAGGGCGAUCGGUGGCCUGUUCCGGCUCUUGUUUCGCAGACGUCGGAACUAACCCAGCGGAGAGAUCUUGGGUCUUUGUCGAGUGCAUGGUCACGGCCACCCAAUAGUGUAGGCACUGUGUGUACCACACGAUGUGUGGUGCGUGCCGCACCCCCGUGGCGCUUUUGUUCCUCCAGGGAAAGGAGAUCGUGUUGGCACAUGCGUCGACCGACCAAGGGAGCGUCAAACGAUGCCUGACCAUACCAAUUCAGCAGACUAGGAUGUUGGGGUACAAUGAAUUACACUAGUGACGAUAAGACCACUGUACGUCGUUAUGAUUGGAGCAAUCGAGCAACUACGAAGUUGUACUGCUACUAUUUCUACAGUACACUGCACUUACCCAGGGGAACCCAAUCUAGCGAAUGUACAAACAAGCUCGAAGAUACUGCAUUGAUUGUGUACGCAAUUAUCGUUUGAAAGUCCCAAAGAGUAUAAUAUCAUUAUAACCUAAUGUAACAGUACCAUACUCGUAAGAUUUCCUCAAUCAAAACAUUACUCGAUU